AUGGCCACCGAGAGAGACAGCAACUGUCCCAUCUGCCAGGACUCCUGGAAAGAUGUGGCUUCUGCUCUGCCCUGUCACCACCAGUUCUGCCUGGGCUGCAUCCUGCGGUGGACACACAGAAAUCCCUCAUGCCCACUCUGCAGGACACCGAUAGAGACCAUCAGGUUUUCUGAGCAGGAUGAAUGGGACUAUGUAGAGCUGGUCAUCACCUCCCCUGCAGCAUCGCCAGAAGCCCAUAGCAUGGCAGGGAGAACUCCCAAUCACGUGGAGGAAACCAGUAUGCAUGGCCCUGAGGUGUCCCCUCCGUCUUCUCCACAGGGAACACUGUCCCCAGAUGAGCAGGGGCCUGCAGGGCCAGAGCGUGUGGGUGGCCUCCUGCCUGAGGAGUGGGCUGGACUAUUCCAACAAAACCAGCAUCUCCUGGAGCCUGUGCGGCCCUGGCUCUGUGAGAGGCUGGAGCGAAUAUGCCGGGGCUGGUGGUGGCUAGUUGAGGCUGCAGAGAGCUGCAUCCUGCGCUACCUCUGCAGCUGUGGUCUGGAUACAGAGGCCUUGGCCCAGAGGCUGCUGGUUUCCCUUGAGGGGCACACAGCACCGCUGAUCCAUGGCCUCAUCGAGGUUGUUGCAGCCCAGUGCAGCGAGGAGGCCCAGAGGCUUCUGCAUUCCCAUACUGCUGGGGAUGAGGACACCAGUCAAGCAGAGAGCACCAGCUCCAGCAGAUCCAAGUCCAGCAGUUUCAGCUCCAGCAGUUCCCAGGAGAGCACUCCUACCAGUGGCUCCAAUGUGGAGGAAGAAACUGGUACCUCAGAGGUCACUUACCAUGGGGUUCCCAGCCACCCCCCACCUGUGCGCAACCCCACAGAGCGGGAUCAGCCACAGAAGGAGCCGGAGCAGCCAGCAGUGGCUGGUCACUCUUCACAGGGUAGCAGCUGCAGCCCUUCUGCUCCCAGUAGGGCAGGGACUGACGGGUGA